AUGGACAUUCCCACCCUCAAUUUCAGAGACUUCACCUCCGGCACGCAAUCCCAGAGAGACACCUUUUGCAGCAAUCUCUACACCUCUCUCUCGACUCUUGGCUUCGUCAAGAUAAAGAACCACACCAUCCCCGAUGAGAUCCUAGACCAGGUCUUCGACUGGAGCAAACACUUCUUCGCCCUCCCCCUCGAAUCCAAGACCCUCGCUGCCCACCCCGUCCAAGCAAACCCGCACCGAGGCUGGAGCUGUGUCGGACAGGAGAAGCUCUCGGUCAUCCGGCAGGGGAAAGCCGUGUUCGAUCUCAAAGAGUCCUUCGACCUUGGCCCCGAGAACGACCCCCUCUAUCCCAACAUCUUCCCAGACGAUUCCGUCAUCCCCGGCUUCCGACCAUUCAUGGAGUCCUUCUACGCGCAAUGCCAAGCCCUGCAUCUGACGCUACUCUCCGCGAUCGCGCUCUCCCUAAAUCAGGACGCUUCGUUUCUCAGUGACCGCUGCGGAACAAACAGCUCCGAACUACGGUUGAACCACUACCCUGCGACAAAGAUCUCGGACCUGCAGAGCGGGAAGAAGAUGCGCAUCUCCUCGCAUACAGAUUUUGGGACCAUCACGCUACUGUGGCAGGAUGGGGUCGGGGGGCUGGAAGUUGAGGAUCAAAACCACGAGGGUGUUUAUCUUCCUGUUGGACCUACCUCCACCGAGUCGUCUAGCGGUGCCGAUACCGAUUGCGACUCUGGGAGAGAAAUGAUCGUCAAUGUGGGCGAUUGUCUGCAACGGUGGACGAACGACCGCUUGCGCUCGGCGAAUCAUCGGGUGACGUUACCUGCUGAGAUGAAGGAUAAGUCAAGACCUGAGAUCAGUAACGAUCUCGUCCCGGAUCGCUACUCGGUCGCAUACUUUGGGAAACCGGAUCGGGGCGCGUUGGUGGCUGCGAUACCGGAGUUGGUGGAGGAAGGAGAAGAGGUCCGGUAUAAGGGUGGGAUGACCGCUUGGGAAUAUAAUCAAUCAAGAUUGCUGCAGACUUAUUAG